CGUUGUUUUGUCGGUCAAAGUAAACUCGAAAAUGUUUUCUCACAAUAAAUAAAAAAUUUCAAACAUGAAACUGCAAUGGUAGCAACGUUCAUUGUUCUUACCAAAUUCCAUAGCUACUAUCAAAAUUUUCAUUCUUUUUCUUCAAUUUUCAGUUCCAAUUUCUCACAUGCAAACUGCUUCCAAUCUCUUUAAGGGGCCAUAAUAUUGACUUGAGCUUAGGAGAAAUUCCAAUGGCUCACUGUUAUACCAAGGAUACCGGUAUAGAGGUAUCCGAAUUGAUUUGGUGGUAUGUCGUUUCAUCUUACGAAGAACUCCAAGCGGGGAGACACAAAGUGAAAACCUCAGCCGAUACUUUUAGUUGUCCAUACUGCCCCGAGAAGAAACAUGAUUAUAAGUACAUUGAACUCUUUAAUCAUGCCACUGGAAUUGGUAGGAGUAGUUCGGAUAAGAGAAGUGCUAAAGAGAAGGGUAGUCAUCUGGCUUUGGUAAAUUAUUUGGAACAAGAUCUUAGGAGCAAGGACGGUGUUUCGAAACCUGUAGAUCAAGGUACAAACACAAUAACUCCAGGACAAACUGUAAUGUCUCACUGUGCUUUCAAGGAUACCGAUAUAAAUUGGUGGUAUGUAGAUUCAGCUUAUGAAGAGCUCACAAAUGGAACUCGCAAUGUGAGAACACCAAACGAGGCUUUCAUCUGUCCGUACUGCCCAAACAGAAAACAAGAUUAUGCAUACAGGGAACUCCUAGAACAUGCUUUUAUGGUCGGUCGGAGUAGUUCAGAUAAGAGAAGUGCUAGAGAGAGGGCUAAUCAUCUCGCUUUGUUGAAAUAUUUGGAAAAGGAUAUUACAAGUAUGCCUGGACCGUCAAAACCUGUCGAUAAAGGUACAAAAUUGAUAAUCCAAGGGCCGACUGUCGCGGUCGUGGCUCAAUGCUCUAACAACAAUAAUAAUUCAAGUGAAUCUAGAAUAAGUUGGUUGUAUAUAGAUAGAUUUUAUAAAGAACUCAAGAAUGGAAGUCUCAAAGUGAGAAUCUCAGAUGAUACUUUCACUUGUCCAUACUGCCCAAAAAUGAAAAAACCGCACUAUGUGUACAGGGAAAUCCUUGAACAUGCUUCUGGGGUCGGUCAGAGUACUUCGCAAAAGAGAAGUCAUAAAGAGAAGGCAACUCAUCUUGCUUUAAUGAAAUAUCUGAAAGAGGAUAUUAUCAUAGAUGUGGCGGCUCCAUCAAAACCUGCGAAUGAAGGCAGCGUAAUACAAAGCCGAGAAGAAAAUCUGACCACUGGCAGCGCUGACAUAGAUUCUGAUAAAAGUGCAUCUCAAAUAGACAUAGUGCAAUUAAAAAAAGCAUAUGCACAACUCAAAAGGGGGAGUCAAACUGUGCAAACCUCAGCCGAUACUUUCAUUUGCCCAUACUGCCCUAAUAGAAAGAGGAAACGGGAUUACGUGUACAGGGAAAUCAUGGAACAUGCUUCUGGGGUGGGUUGGAGUAUCUCACAAACUAGAAGUGCCAUUGAAAAGGCGAAUCAUCUGGCUUUGGUCAAAUAUUUGAAAAGGGAUCUUAUAAAUGUCGGCGGUCCUUCAGUAUCCACGAAUGGAGGCACCAUAGCAUCGAACCGAGGAGAAACUGUAACAGGUCAUCAGUCCGAGAAGGAUACUAAUAAAAGGGCAUCUCAAAUAAAUGUGUUGUUUGUAAAGAAAUCCUAUGAAGAUCUCAAAAGGGGAACUCGCAAGGUCAAAACAUCAGCAGAAACUUUCACAUGUCCGUAUUGCCCUAAGAGAAAAUACAAUUAUAGGUACAGUGAACUCCUUAAUCAUGCUUUAGGGGUUGGUCAGAGUGACUCAGAAAAGAGAAGUGUAUUGGAAAAGGCCAAUCAUCUAGCUUUAGUGAAAUAUUUGGAAAAGGAUCUUAUGAUUAUGAAUGUGGAACAUCCAAAACCUGCAAAUAGAUAUUUGGAAAAUAAUCAUAUGAAUGUGGAACAGCAUCCACCGAAACCAUUAAAUGAAGGCAUUCUUGUCAAUUCCGAAAAGCAUUUCGUGUGGCCGUGGACUGGGAUUGUGAUUAACAUUCCUACGAUACAGACAGAAGAUGGACGAUGUUUUGGUGAAAGUGGUUCCAAGCUAAGGGAUGAAUACCGAAGUAGGGGUUUUAAUCCACGUAGAGUCCGUACACUUUGGAAUGACUGGGGUCACACUGGAGCCGCAGUUGUGGAAUUCGAUAAAAGUUGGAUAGGGUUAUAUAAUGCAGUUGCAUUUGAAAGGGCAUAUGAAUUAGAUCAUCAUGGGAAAAAGGACUGGCUUUCUUUUACCGAACAAAAGUCCGGUCUUUAUGGAUGGGUUGCUCGAGCUGAUGACUACUACAUGAACAACAUAAUCGGGGAACAACUACAGAAGAUGGGGGAUGUCAAAACAAUAUCUGAAAUCAUGGAAUCAGAAGCUAGAAGGUUCAAUAUGCUUGUUCAGAAUAUGCAUAACAAUGUUCAGGUAAAGAACAACAAGAUAAAAGAAAUGGAAGUAGUAUGCAAUGCAAUUACACUUCGCAUGGACAUUGUGAUGCGCGAAAUAGAUAGUCUCUCUCUAUCGCACAGUCAAGAGUUGAAGAAAAUACAGUCAAGUGCAACUCAACACUUUCAGAGUAUUUUGAAUGGUCAUGAAAGGCUCAAGUUGCAACUGGAUUCUCAGAAAAAACAGCUUGAGUUGCGAAGAAUUGAACUGGAAAAACGCGAGGCGCAUAAUGAAAGUGAAAGAAAAAAGUUGGAAGACGAGAUGAACCAGACUGCAACGAAAGACCGCUUUCUGCAAAUGGCUGCUCUGGAGCAACAGAAAGCCGGGGAAAAUGUUUUGAAACUGGCUGCAGAUCAAAAGAGGCAAAAAGAACAAUUCCAUGCUAAAAUCAUCCAGCUUGAGAAACAACUAAAUGUGAAACAAAAACUGGAGUUGGAGAUUCAGCAAUUAAAAGGAAAACUAAAUGUCAUGAAGCACAUGGAAGACGAAGGGGAUUUCGAUGUUCUGGAUAUGAUGGAUGCUUUACAUUUAGAUUUAAGAGAGAAAGAACAGUCACUUCGAGACAUGGACGCGUUGAACCAAACGCUGAUCAUUAAAGAGCGCAAGAGCAAUGAUGAACUGCAAGAAGCUCGAAAGGAAUUGAUUACGUGCAUUAAGGAGAUACCUAGUCGUGCUGCAAUUGGUGUGAAGAGAAUGGGGGAGCUAGAUAUUAGACCAUUCCUAGAAGCUAUGAAGAAAAAAUAUAAUGCGGAUGAUGCAGAAGAUCGAGCUUCAGAAUUGUGUUCGUUAUGGGACGAGUAUCUGAAGGACCCUGACUGGCAUCCAUUUAAAAUUGCUACAAUUCAAGGGAAACAUCAGGAAGAUAUAGAUGAUGAAGAUGAAAAGCUGAAAGGACUGAAAAACGAGGUGGGCGAAAAAGUCUACAAAGCUGUGGUGACAGCAUUGAAAGAGAUAAAUGAAUAUAAUCCAAGUGGGCGGUACAUAACCUUGGAAUUAUGGAAUUAUGCUGAGGGAAAGAGAGCGACUUUGCAAGAAGGAGUACAAGUUUUAUUGAAGCAGUGGAAAUUACAUAGACAAAAGAUGGGAAUGUUAUGAAACCUGGAAUUAGCGCGUUGUUUUCUUGAAGGAAAUUUUGCGGUUGAACAUAUUUAGGAAUUGGAGGAUAUAUUGGCUUCACUUGACAUUUCAUGCUUCUGUGGAGGAGGUCUUUCUACUGUCAUUGCUUUCAUAACCACAGGCUUUGUGCUUAUGCUUAUUUAUUUUGGUAAAGUUCCAAUUUAGACCUGAAGUUUUAUGCCCCUAAGUCAAGACAUUCAGUGUAAAAUACUGUUGUAUCAUUAUUUAAUAAACAUAAUUUCUAUCAACUUUUGCUUUUAUUGUAUUUAACAAGGCAGUGUAUCUAAAUCACUGUUUUGCAGUGAAGUUGUUUCUUGUAGAAGAAGUAAGCAAACAUUAAUUGCUAUUUAAGUUUGUACCUUGCUUUGAGCUUAUAUAGUAUGGAGAUGAAGUGUUUCUUUCAUGA